GCGGGUGCUCGCCAGGCGCGCUCCUGCUCCUGAGUUGGAGAAGGAGAUCGGGGAACUGCACGUCACGGUCCCGACGAUAUUGGGGGCAUCAGCUUGGGAGAUUCGUAGCGGAGCCCGAGUGUUCCAUCCCUGCACAGGACCAGGAUGACAGAGCUGAGGCAGAGGCUGGCCCGGGAGCCGGAGGCAGAGGACAAGGAGAUUGAACCUGAUAUCAAACUUGAUGGCGAGACGGCAUCUGACAGCGACAGUAAAACUGACCCUGCCAGUACUCAACAAGGCACUCCGACUGAUGACACUCCAGAGGUCCUCAACAGAGCUUUGUCCAGCCUGUCAUCCAGAUGGAAAAACUGGUGGGUCAGAGGCAUCCUAACAUUAGCCAUGAUUAGCUUUUUCUUCAUCAUCAUCUACUUGGGACCUAUCGUGCUCAUGAUGAUUGUGAUGUGUGUACAGAUUAAGUGUUUCCAGGAGAUCAUUAUGAUUGGAUACAAUGUCUACCAUUCUUAUGACUUGCCUUGGUUCCGGACACUUAGUUGGUACUUCUUGCUAUGCGUCAACUAUUUCUUCUACGGGGAAACCGUCACAGACUAUUUCUUCACUCUAGUACAGAGUGAGGAGCCCCUCAGAAUCCUUAGCAAAUACCAUCGAUUCAUCUCCUUUGCCUUGUACCUGAUGGGGUUCUGCAUGUUUGUUCUGAGCCUGGUGAAGAAGCAUUAUCGUCUCCAGUUCUAUAUGUUUGGCUGGACGCACGUCACUCUGCUGAUUGUUGUCACCCAGUCUCACCUAAUCAUUCACAAUCUGUUUGAGGGCAUGAUCUGGUUCACUGUGCCCAUCUCCUGUGUGAUCUGCAAUGAUAUCAUGGCCUAUAUGUUUGGCUUUUUCUUUGGCCGAACGCCACUCAUCAAGCUGUCACCCAAGAAAACAUGGGAAGGCUUUAUUGGAGGUUUCUUCUCUACCGUUGUGUUUGGAAUACUACUUUCUUACGUCAUGGCUGGAUACAGGUACUUUGUGUGCCCCGUGGAGUAUAAUAGCGACACCAACAGAUUUACAGUGGACUGCGAGCCAUCAGACCUCUUUCAGUUACAGGAAUAUCACAUCCCUGCGCUCAUUCAGUCUGUCAUUGGCUGGAAAACUGUCUGGAUGUAUCCCUUCCAAAUCCACAGCAUCGCCCUUUCUACGUUUGCCUCACUCAUUGGGCCUUUUGGAGGAUUCUUCGCCAGUGGAUUCAAAAGAGCGUUCCAGAUCAAAGAUUUUGCAAACACCAUUCCAGGCCAUGGAGGUAUCAUGGAUAGGUUUGACUGUCAAUACUUGAUGGCUACGUUUGUAAAUGUGUACAUUGCCAGCUUUAUCAGGGGUCCCAACCCGAGCAAACUAAUCCAGCAGUUUUUAACUUUGCGUCCUGACCAACAAAUUCAUAUUUUCAACACGCUGAAAUCACACCUAAUGGAGAGGGGGGUGCUGGGAAAUGGGGAGGGUGUUUAAAGCAGCUGUGUAUCCAGUCUGGGCGGCACCUCCAACUGGCGCAUGUGGGUUCACUGUACAGCAACACUGUUCCAGACCUUCACGGAGAGGACUCAUUAACCCUUUUGCUGCUGGAGAUGGUCCCAGAAGUCGUUUUUUUUUUUUUUUUAAACAUU